AAAACCGUUGCAUUAGGCCAGCUAAUCCAACGGCUCAUUUUGGCUAAUCCAACGGCAGUAUUGCCUAAUCCAACGACACAUUCUAACCUACGCCCGCCUAGGCUAAUCAAAAAGCAAAAUGGCUAAUGCAACAGCACUGCUUUUAUAUUGGUGCCAAAACGAAAUUUCCAUUUAUUAACUUCCCUCCUCAUUUUUCCCCAAAUACAUCUCACUACGCUCGCAAUUACCCAGAAGAUAACUCAUUUUUCCCUAAUUUUCAUUUUUAGCUCUGUCUUCGUUCCCACGCCCUUCAGUUCCUCAUUUUUCCCAAUUCAGUGCCCAACUUUGUUCACAAAUUCAGAUUUUUUUUUCCCAAUUCACGAUUCGCCAAGCUUUGUUGACAAGUAGAUCAGGCGAAUUGAAGGAAGGCGCUGGCGGUAGCGGUGGUAGUGGCUGAUUGCUUGACUCUUGCAUGUGACAAAUUUCCUCGGAUCUUUUAAGGUGAAGGAAGGCGCUUGCGGUAGCGGUGGUGGUGGCUGAUUGCUCGACUCUUGCAUGUCACAAAUUUCCUCGGAUCUUUUAAGAUGAAGGGGAAUAAAACAAAAGUUUCUGCUUCCCAAAGUCAGGUUACAGAUUAUGAGUUAUAAAGGAUUCAAAGAUUAAAGUUCAAUGCAGAAAGAAUGUCAGCCCAAGGAUCGGGAUCCUUAGCGAAUAAGAUACUUCAACAAAAGACAAAAGACCUACUUUCUCCAAGUGCAAGGCAGACAAAAGAUGACUCCACGUUAGAGUAUGAUGGUGAAGAGGAGGGCGAAACUAUGGAAGAUGACAGUCUUGCGUCUGGAAAAAGAAAGGUCUCAAAGAAACUACAUUUAAUUUGCACACGUAAAACGGCUAUUGUGAAGAUGAAUAGCCAGAAAAGGCAGCAUGUUGAUGACUUUUGCGACAAUAACUCUGUUGAUUUGGCCAAGCAAGUUCAGGAUCAUGGCAUCCAAAGGAAGCAUCAACAACAGCAAGUUGGGUCAAAAAGUAAAGGCAAAAAAAGAGCAUUCUGUUCUCCUGGUUCAAUGUCAGCAUACCUUGAGUUUCGGAAACGGCAAAAAGAAAACAAUGAAGUGCUUGAUGAAAGUAAUCGUUCUUUGCAUAAUUCCAUGACAGCGCGAAUACGAUAUGACAAUGAUGCAUUGAAUGCGAAUAACGAUAAUGAUGCCAUAUAUGAGAAUGAUGAUGAUGAUGGGCUGAAUGAGAAUGAUGAUGAUGAUGGGCUGAAUGAGAAUGCUAAUGCUAUUGAUAUUGAUCGUGAAGGUGAUCAAGAAUUUGACCAACAAGAUGUAGCACAGUACGGAAUGGAAGAAACAGAAAAUGAAUUAUCUUCUAAAAGGAAAAAUCAUCGAGGUCCAACAAUGCUACGUAAGGUUCAUGUGCGUACAACAGAAGAGUGUCAAGUGAUUGUUUUGAACUCAUUGGGUCAGCCAGUUGGACCUACAAAGGAGAUUGUCCAGGAGUUCAAGUUUUUUUUGGGAACUGUGGCAAGGGAUUCCGAACUAGCUCCGCUUAACUAUUUUAACUUCCCAAGCCUACCCACACUUGACAAUAUAUGGAAUUACGUCCAAGAAAAGUAUAUGGUUCCUGAUGGUGGAAUAAGUUGGGUGAUGGAUGCUGUGAACAACUGUUGGAGGUAUCAUAAAUGCCAGAUCAAGAAAAAACACUUCUAUGCAUAUGAUAACGACGCUUUAAGGUGGAAAAAUAAGCCUAAUACAAUUUCAAAUCUUCAGUUUAGAGAUCUUUUGCUAUAUUGGAAUACCGAUGAGGCUAAGAAAAUCAGUCACAACAACAAAGACAAUCGUCUAAUGUUAGAUGAUAUGCACACUUUGGGUCGUAAGUCAUUUUCCAUUUUACGCCAUGAAUUGCGGCAACAAGAUCCGGAUAAGCAAGAGCCUUCCCAAGCAAAGGUUUAUAAGGAAUCGAGAAAAAGAAGUUCUGGAAAGACAUACAAAACUAGUUGUGAAAAAGCAAAGGAUAACAUUAUGUUAAUAACUGCAACGACCCUUACUACGAAGUGAUUCCUACUGCUAAACGCAAAAGUCGUGUGCAUUUGUAUGGAUCGGGUGUGAAAAAGACAGAUUUGAAGAAGAAAGCGAAUAAGCCCGAUUUCAUAUUCCCAGAGGAAUUCAUAUCAAGUGUUACCACUGCAGUUUUGGCUCAAAUUCGCGAGGCUAACCCUACGAUUAAUAUUGUGAUUCCUGAUGUUCUGCUGCAAUCGACUCCGAAUGAUGCAUUCAGUGCACCAAAUCGAAUUGGUAACCAUAGUGGCCAAUCUUCCAAAUCAGCUGCAGCAUGUAAUCAGGUGCAUGGCGAGCUAGAUGGAGAUGAAUGAAGUACAAUGAUUAUAUAUUGUCAUCCAACAAAUGGAGCGUACACGUCGGUGACUAAUUUUAUUUAGUUCGAGCUUGUGAAGAUUAGGAUUUGUAUUUUUUACGAUUUUUAAUUAGUAAAUUUUUAUUAUUUAUUAUUAGUUAGUAUUGGUAGUGUAACAUAUAUAUGGAAACAAUAUUUUGUAAUGUAACGUACAUAUUAUAUAUACUUCGUUUAUUGUUAUAAAUAUAUUGAUAUAUUUUAUAUUUA